AUCUUUUUGACCUCUUGAAAUUGUCUGUGUAUUUAUACUUGCUUUCUGCUAUCUAUAUUCUGAGUGUUCUAAUGACUUGAAUUUUCUGGCACUAGUGGUGAAAGCAUGGAGAAUGCACUGAGAGCCUGUUGUAAGGGAAUUAAAAUUGGCAAAAUCCUAAUCCACAGAGAGGGCAAAGAUGGUCGUCAGUUAAUCUAUGAGAAGCUACCAGCUGACAUCGCAAGUCGUCAUGUACUAUUGCUCGACCCAGUUCUUGCCUCAGGGCAUUCUGCCGUUGAGGCUAUAUCCGUGUUGCUGAGCAAGGGUGUUGUUGAAUCGAACAUCAUCUUCCUAAAUCUCAUUUCUGCUCCUGAAGGAAUACAUGCUGUUUGUAAGAAGUUUCCAAGGCUGAAAAUUGUGACUUCAGAGAUAGAUGUGUCCCUCAACAAGGAUCUGCGUGUGAUUCCGGGCAUGGGCGAGUUUGGGGAUCGCUACUUUGGAACUGGUGUCUAGCAACAUUUGUGAACCAAGACACCCAGAUGCGUUUUCUUCUUGUCAUCUACUUUCGUAGGAGUCCGAUAGGUAUAUUCACAAUUCAUCCAUCGAGAGAACAAAUAAAAUCAACAUCGGAGUAUAGUUAAUAAUCCAUUUAUGGCAUGUUUAAUCAGAAGGAAAUUAUACAUAAUAUUGAACAAUAAUAAGGAAGAAAAAUAAGUUAUAACCUUAGUGUACUAAUUGUAUUGAGUACUAUAGAUCAAAACAUGCAAUUAUUUA